CACGCCGCAGCAGUAGCAACUAUAGCAGCAACGGCAGCAGAAGCAGCUUAUGUGUAAUCAAAAUUCGGGCAUCUCAUUAUUAUCAUAAUUGCCUAUGUCACCGAUCCGCUGAUUAAUAAAAGAUAUCGUGUCGUGUGGUGUACGUGCCCCAUAGUAGUGGUCGAUCGCUGAUUUUUUCGUUUUGUUUACAAUAACAUAUCGUGCGGAAAAGAACUCAGAAUUACGUAAUGUCAUUUCUUCCUCCUCUUCUUCUUCUUCUAAUUGUCGUGCAAUUGUACAGUAUGUCGCUGGCCGAUGACUUCCCGGCGUUGAAGAACGACCGAAUACUCAGGGCUGCCAGAGGCGAGGAGAUCGACAGAGUGCCGGUAUGGAUAAUGCGCCAGGCCGGCAGAUACCUGCCGGAGUUCAGGGAGUGCAGAUCGAAGCACGACUUCUUCACCAUUUGCAGGACGCCCGAGCUGGCCUGCGAGGUCACGCUCCAGCCCAUCAGGAGGUUCAAGUUGGACGCAAGCAUUAUUUUCUCCGACAUACUGGUCAUACCUCAGGCGAUGGGUCUCGUGGUGGAGAUGAGGCCUGGCGUUGGUCCUGUCUUACCUGAACCACUGGUCGAUCCCACACACAUGUCAAGAUUGCGAAUGCCCGAUGUAGAAAAAGAAUUGGGAUACGUGGGCCAAGCUAUUACGCUCACUAGGCACAGUUUGGAGGGCAAAGUUCCACUUAUCGGUUUCACUGGUGCUCCAUGGACACUCAUGGGAUAUAUGAUCCAAGGAGGUGGCAGUUCUACUAUGGUAUCAGCUAGGAAAUGGCUAUAUAAGUAUCCAGAAGAGUCUCAUAAGUUGUUACAGAUGCUUACUGAUGUUAUCGUCGAUUACCUUGUGAUGCAAGCAAAGUCUGGAGCUCAGCUUCUUCAAGUAUUUGAAAGUCAUGGAGACUUUUUAAAUCAAGAAUUAUUCAAAAACUAUUCUUUGAAAUAUCUAAAACAAAUCAAUGACCGUGUAAGAGAAAAGCUGACUCAAUUAAAACUUGAUAUUCCAAUGAUUGCAUUUCCAAAAGGAAUUACAAUGGACUGCCUUGAAAUCUUUGCCAAAGAAACAAAUUAUGAAGUAAUUGGAUUGGACUGGACAGUUGACCCAGCAGAAGCACGACAAAAGGUUGGCCCAAAUGUUACUUUACAAGGAAAUAUGGACCCCAUGGCCCUAUUUGCAGAACCAUCUGAAGUUCGUACAAGAGCAGCAGAUAUGGUUGCUACGUUCAGCAAACACCGUUACAUAGCCAACUUGGGUCAUGGAAUAACACCAGAAACACCCAUUCCUUCAGUAGAGGCAUUUAUAGAAGGGGUGCAUUCAUUAUAAGACUGAAUGACAAUACGAUUUAAUCGCGAGACAUUUUUACGAGAUUCCUUACGUAAUUCAAUGUAAAAUAGACGCAUUUACAUGUAUAAAGCAUGAAGCUUUACUGUUAAUGAAUUUGUGACUGGAGAAUGUUUCUUUUACUUAAGAGAGUUUAAAAUGUAUUUUCUAUAAGUUCUAUACAAUUUUUGUAAAAAUAUUUUAAAAUUUCAAUUGGUUAGGUAAUUGUUGAAUGGCUGUUGGGUAGAAGUUUUUUGAUAAUAAAUCGAGAUAUAAAUUUUUAAAA